AAGUGUCUGUGACUGGGGGCAGUGGGUGGGGGACCCCUGUCACCCCGGGGUCGUGCCCUAGCCCCGCUCACCUUUGCGAGCAAUGUCAAGCCCGGGCUCUGCGUGGGACCUCGCCCCUCCUCCCGGCUGCUGCUCUUUGCCAGGAGGUGGCAGUCGGAGGACACAGCUGCUCAGGCACCUUGCCAGGGCUGGACACCCCUGUGUCCACGUCGUCCCUGCCCCUUGGGCUCCCAGUGCUACCAGUUCAACCUCUGCCAGGGCGCCUGUCCCCGCCAGCAGCGGGAGGGCACAGCCACCCGCGUGGGCAGGCAUCGCGCCUACUCCGUGCGGGUGGGGAGGCUGGGAGCAGCCGUCCCGGGCUGGGGCACAGGCGAUGUACCGUCCGUUGCGUGAGGAGUGAUGUCUGCCAGAGCUCCUCUGCUUUCUCCCCUGGGAACCAGUUGAACCGGCAGGCGAGGAGCGGUGCCCGGCCUUGCCGUUGCACGGGCGGUGAGGCGGCUGUGUCACUGGGAGAGGAGGGGACGGGCGGGACGUGCCAGGCUCCAGCACGCACCGGGCUCUGCUGCAGCAGCUCCCAGCCUGGGCCAGCCGUGAGCAGCUCCUGUGGCACGGCGCUGAGUGCCAGGAGAUGGAUCCCCGGGCAGGGCAAGAGUCCACCAACGCACUCGGGGUUGUCUUGGGUGUCGGGCUGGCCUUGCUGAUCCUGGUGCUUUUUGGCUACACCUGCAUCCGGUGGUACCAGAGGGGCCGGUGCUGGUGCCAUUCACGGCAAAGCAAAGGCGAGUUCAUGGCACCAGAUGACUCUGACACCUCUCCUUCACGCCUCCCCAGGGCCAGACUUUGUCUUCAACCUCUACCACACCUGGUGCCGCCUCCCCAGGACAGAUGCCUUGGGGAGCCCCAGCUGUCCAGGGGCAGCCCCCAUCCCGUGGGCUGGAGGGUGGCAGGCAGCUUGCUGAUGUCUCUGCUUUCCCUGCAGCGGGCUGGGGUCGGUGGCGGUGGAGCUGGUGCCGCCACCAUUCAGCAUCAGUGGCUCGCUAAGCGGGGCGGGGAGCAGCUAUGUGCCUUUCCACAACGAAGGGCCGUGAGGCAGGAGCUGGGCUGGCGUGCAGGUAGGACAUCACCCUGCUCCUCCCUGCCUGGUGAUGGUCCAGCAGCUCCCUGGCUGUGUAUGUCCCCCAGCACAGCACACAGCAGCGGUGCCAUGUGGCUGCCCUGAAGUGCCUGUGAGCAACCAACGCUUGGGGCUGCUGCAGCAGCCGGUGCUUCUGUGGGGAGCCCAGAUGCUGGGCGAGAGUGCUGCAUCCCAGAGCCUCCGUGCUUCCUUGUAGCCCCUGGUCAUCGCAGCUUUCCCUGGGAUAGUCCCAAGGUUUUUUCUGCAAAAGUCCUUUCCACACCUGUGGGGCAUCAGGGGCUUUCCCCGGGGGUUUUAUUCCCCCCCUGCAGGCUUUGGUUUGCAUUUCCUUCCCUGUGCCAUGCUGUCCUCGGCCUGGGACUGGGUGCAUGUGAUUGGGGGUGAAUGCAGCUCGGGGCUAGGGCUGGAGCUCAUGUGCUCCUUGUGCUACUUCCCCAUGCUGCUGCACGCCCACCUUCCAGCAGUGACAGAAAGAGCAACCAAAACCAGCCAUGGGGGAAUUCCUCUUUUCUUGCUUCUUUAUAAAAAAAGCCCCUGAAUGUGCUGGAUUUCUACUGAAACUGGAAUGGUACGGUUUCUCUUUUUUUAAAA